ACGUUGCUUUUGUUGCUGCUGGACAGAACGAGGGAAGCAACAACCACUCUCUCGCUACUAGUUUCUCUCAGACUAACAUAACACAUAAGCUUUGGGUAAACUUGAGUGGUGACGGUGUCUCACAAUGAUAAUCCCCGUCCGGUGCUUCACGUGUGGGAAGAUCGUGGGUAACAAGUGGGAGGCAUACCUCGGCCUACUUCAAGCAGAGUAUACUGAGGGUGAUGCCCUCGACGCCCUGGGCCUGAAGAGAUACUGUUGUCGGCGGAUGCUCCUUUCUCAUGUGGAUCUUAUUGAGAAAUUGUUGAAUUAUGCUCCAUUGGAGAAGUGAUCGUUACUGGCUACCUUCAAGAACAACGUGGACUUUAGGGGCUGUGGCAUGGACAAAUUGAAUGUCCAUGCCACAGCCCUGUUAAAAUAUUUAUGUGACAACAAAUGGCAACUUGAGUAGAGACUUAUGGAACAUUAAUUUGUGCACCUAUUUGAUGUUUUGUUUUCUAAAUAAAGCCGUGAAAUGA